UACGAUUUCAUAACUUAGUUUUGAAAGUCUGUAAAAUAUGGGUACUCUGAGCAAAAAUCAGAGUAAAAUCUGUGUUUGACCAAUAUCUGGACGAAGGGUCAUAACUGUGUUUUAGAGAAAAAUCUGGGCACCUGGCAACCCAGAAAACAGUAAACAAUGAGCUCCAUGUCUCGUACGCAGCCUUUCGGAAUUGCUCUCGGUAUAGCUCUCGGUGUGACGGCUUUAAACCAGUCCAGCUAGACAUCAGAAAAAACAUACGUGGAUUUUCAAGCUCGCCGCAGAGCUGCAUCUUUUUGGCAUUUAUUAACUAAGAAUAACCGGAUCACGAACGCAUGGUUUUGCGAGAUUUCCGGCUAAAAUCGGCCAACAGCAACUAAUCAACGAGAAAAGUGAAAGUGGGCUUGGAACGACAAUACAGGUGUUGGGUAUAUGUAAACCAGUUUGAGCAACAAAAAAAAAGAGCCAAAACCAGAAUUAUGAAACAGCUUCUCUUAACCUUGAGCCUGUUAGCAGUGGUGGCAUUUGGUCAACGAGUUGUGCCAGGAGUUAAUCCAAACCAAUAUCAGCAACAACAACAAUACCAACCUCCACCCCCACAGUACAAUCAACAGGCUCCACCACAACCGCACUACCAGCAACAGCAACCUCAAUACCAGCAACACCAGGGUCAAGUUCCGGUUCAGCCGCAGUUCCAGCAGGCUCCUCCCCAGCAUCAACAGCAACAACCUCACCAAGGAGGACAUGCACCUCAUGGGGGACAACCACAGCAAGUGCUAAAUACCAACAAUCUUCAACACGAGAAGCAACAUAUCGCUGAGCAUAUGGAUGUACCGAUCGAUACUAGCAAGAUGAGCGAACAGGAGCUGCAGUUCCAUUACUUCAAGAUGCACGACUCGGACAACAACAACAAGCUGGACGGCUGCGAACUGAUCAAAUCGUUGAUCCAUUGGCACGAUGAUGAUGUAAAAGUGGACCAAUCCGGUCGGCCAUUGCCGGAAAAGCAAAUUUUUUCGGACGAAGAUUUAGCCGGUAUCGUAGAUAUGGUGAUGAGUCAGAUGGAUACAAACGGAGACGGGUAUGUGAACUACGCCGAGUACAAACGGUCGGGCGUGGAGGAAAACCGCAAGUCCGAUUAUCCCGAAGCAUGAAAACAUCGUAUAGACGAGGAUAUUGAAAGAUUACAUUUGGUAUCGAUAAUAAAGCAUUUGCUAGUUUAAAAAAACGCUUUUGGUUGUGGGUUUAUUUUUUUCUGGAAUUUGUUUGACUUCCCAGCAGAAUUACUAAUAGGGAAAAAUUGUACAGAACGCACCAGUUAAGCAUAAACGCUAUUUAUAGCGAUAACAAUCAUUUAUGAACCAAAUUGAACAUUUCAGAUUAUUUAGGGAUCUAGUCUAGGAUCAAAAAGAAAAAAAAACAUGAUGAAAACUCAAUUUUGAUGACAUUCUUGUAAAUAACUAAAACAACUACAGUGAGCGAAAUAUGAAUAGUACCGCUAGGUAUUUUGCUUUUUAAAAUAUGAAUGAUUGAAAAUGAUUAAAAUUUUCUUUUACAGUUUGUUCUGAAUUGUUUAACGGAUAAAUCAAGCAUAAGUUUACUUUUUUUGGACGUAGCAAUUGGCGAUGAGGACCAAAAAUGAGGAAAAAGGGGUGCGAAAUUAGAAUAGUACCACUUGAGUUUUUCAACAAAAACGAGAUUAUUUUUUAAAAAUUACUGUGUAAAUUGUGCUUCUAAGGGUAAUUUGAAUAGAUAACUGCACUUUAAGGAUUUUUCUAGAAUUCCAAAAGUUUUCAUAGGUAGGUGUUAAAAGGGGAUUUUAAGAGAUGCUCCUCUAGCGUUAAGGAAUUUGAUAUUUGAGUUGUAAUUCUUUACCAAACUACUUACUUUCUUCAUUAAAUGGCGUGAAUUGAUGAAACAAACAUUCGGGAUUUAUUUUAAAUCAGAAAUUAAAUAGAUUGGAAAUCAAAAACUUAGAUUUUUUUCAGUAAACCACACUUUUUCCAGUUUCAAGUCGUAGAUGGCAGCACUAGCUAGCAGUUAAAACCAAAUUAAGUCUCAAUAUUGAUUUUCCAUGAUUAUUUAGGUCCAUUUUAAUCAUUUAAAGGAAUUUUCCCAUCACAAUUUUGUACAAGUUCAUGCUGCAGAAAGCUUUUCCGGAUUUGCAAAAGAAUCACCAGCACAAGAAUGUACAACCGCCAAAAUUCCUGCUCAUCUCAACUUGCGAUUCAAUUGCAAAUCAUAACAAUAAUACUGCUAGCCGUCUGGUCCAUCAAGCUCCAUCGCAAAGUACAAAUUUAUUCUGACAAUCGGUCCAAAAAGUUCACUUUUAGUGACCUUGAUGCAAUUCUGUUUUUUUUUUUAUUUAGUGAUCUUAGAAUUUCCAUGGCAUUUACACGGUACCAUGUACUUAUUUCGAGACCAAAAUCAUCCAGCCCGCCCUAAUUAAUCCCGGAUAUUCGAAAAUGGGCAUGCAUUUGGUUAAAUUGCAAGAUAGUGCUGCCAUCUAUGACUCGAAACUAGAAAAAUAGUGUUUGACUUAAAAAAAACAUUGGAAAUUUUCAAUUCCAACCUGUUUUUUUGGAUUCAAAUUCAGCCUCAAAUCUAUGUUUCAUCAUUUUGCAUUCAUAUUUAUGAAUGUUAAUGAAGAAAUCAAGCAGUUUGAUAAAGUUUUAUAGCUCAAAUAUCAAAUUCCUUAACGCUAGAGGAGCAUCUCUUUAAAACCCCUUUUAAUACCUUUGAAAACCUUCGGAAAUCUAGAAAACUCCUAAAAUGCAGUUAUCUAUUCAAAUAAUUCGUAGAAGCAUUAUUAUUCACUUUUACACAGUAAUUUUUUAGAAAUAAUCUUGUUUUUGUUGAAAAAAUCAAGUGGUUGGUACUAUUCUUAUUUCGCACCCCUUUUUCACAUUUUUGGUCCUCAACGCCAAUUGUUACGUCCAAAAAAGUAAACUUAUGCGGAUUCAAAACAAACUGUAAAAGAAAAUUUUCGUGAUUUUCAAUCAUUAAUAUUUUAACAAGCAAAACACAUAGUGGUUCUAUUCUUAUUUCGCUACAGUGAGCGAAAACAAAACACUAUUGUGAUAGAACGCCACAACUAGUGUACAGAACGCAUCAUACCGAAAGGGCUUCCGAAAAUGUAGCUUUAAAAAAAAAUUAAAAUGAAGAGUUAACCAAGUUGAUCUUUUUUUAUCGGCUAUAUCGGUGAAAUUUUAUAUUCUUCGAGGAAGAAUAUUUAAGAAUUCAAAGAUUAUAGACGGAUAUAAGAUUAGAAUAAGGUGAAAGAUGUUGAAAAUGAGCGGAACGGUUAUUUUAAUUUGAAAAACUUUUCAUCCCAUUUCAUCGCUUUGAGCUUAUCUUCAAUUACCUUCCGCUCAUUUUCAACAUUUUUCACCUUAUUCUAAUCUUCUAUCCAUCUAUAAUCUUUCAAUUCUUAAAUAUUCUUUCUCAAAGAAAAUUUAUAACAUUUCACCGAUAUAGCCGGUAAAAGAAUAAUAAAAAAAACUGCCAGAUAUCCUUAUAAUUGAAACACAGACAAAUUAAAACGCCUUCAAGUAGGCAACAAAAUUCAAGUUCUUGGCUGUAAUCGCGGAAAAUAUGGAGGCAGAUAUUUUUUUUUUCGAAUCGAAAUAAAAUAUCUGCCCCUUUAAUAAGGACGAAAUUUGUUAUAAUUAUGCAUUCAUGUUGGAGUAAACAAAUUAAAAAUAAUUACAUUUCGGUUCGAUAUUCGAUUUACGUAAUACAUGUGGUUUUGCGUGAUUGUUUUUAGUUGAAAUUUCUGGAAAGUUUGUUAAAUAUAACAAAAUAUUUAUAGUUACCCGAAAGUGCAUAUACUAGAGGAAAAUGUAAAGUUGCAAAUUUAUCAGCUUGGGCAGGCUGGUUUACCAUAAAACCUUAUAUGAUUAGAAGUUUCUAGAAGAUUUGAUAAAUCCUGCUGUUUCUAAGAAUUAAAGUCGUUUUAGUAAACUAUUCACCAGAGACAUAUUAGAAAAACUUGAAGAAAAACAUCAUUUGAAGCCAUAGGUCAGCGUAUUUCUGAGAAAUAAUGGCAUGGGCCAUCUUAACACGCUGGAGCGUCUUGUACAGUUUUUCCCCACUAGAAUAAGUUUGCCAGAUUGCCCGGUUUCCUCUGGGUUUGCCCGGAUAUUUUAUACAAAUUUGGGAAAAGGCCGGUCCGGCCCGAUGUCUCAGAUUGCUUUUAAAAAGCCCAAUUUUUUCCAGGAUAUAUUAAAAUAGUUUUCCAAAUCCAACAAAAAAACAAAUUGUGUCAUCAUUUUUUUUAUUUAUGGAGCCUUAAAUACGACUUAAAAUCUGCUGUUGAGUUUUGAUGAACAUUUUUUUUUCAUUUUGUUUUUGUUGAUUUUUGUUUAGUAAUUCCUGGGCUUUGACCAAAUUUGCCCGUAUUGGGUUGUCAAUUUUGAAAUGAAAUGCCCGGAUUUUACCAGGUUUAUAAAAUAGCCCGGAUUUAACUGGCCCGGAUAUGUGCUGAAAAAAAUCUGGCAACCUUAUACUAGAAGCACACUAACAAUGCAAAGUGAUUUUUUAAAAAAGUUAUUUAAGUUUGUAUCUAACAAUUUCGUUUUGAU